AGAGCGGGACGCAGCCGCUCCCGCUCAACCUCACCGAAAAAGCCCGCCAGCAGGGAGAAGGACAACGAGCCCCGAACACGCCACAGUGACCCCGAUCCCACCCGCACCCGACGCCGCUCCAGGAGCUACUCCCCCAUCAGGAAGAGGAGACGUGACUCCCCUAGCUUCAUGGAGCCCAGGAGGAUCACGAG